AUGCUCGACAGCGUCAAGACCCCAUUCAACGAGUGCAUCGCGACAUUGCAGAAGGAGAUGAAGCUGGAUCCCUACUUCCUUGAGUUCUACAAGUGGUCCAAGGAGAACAACGUGCCUAUCGUGGUCCUGUCCUCUGGAAUGGUGCCGAUCAUUCGUGCUCUUUUCGAGGCCUUCCUGGGCGAGGCCCCUGACGACCACCUUCACAUCGUGGCCAACACCGUGGAGAGCCGCGACGGCAAGGACAUCAACUCCGAAGGUGGCUGGCAGAUCAAGUACCACGACGAAAGCCAUUUCGGCCAUGACAAGUCUCUCGAGAUCAAGCCUUACGCUGCACUACCGGACAAUGUGCGCCCUACUCUUCUGUAUGCCGGAGAUGGCGUUUCCGACUUGUCUGCUGCUUCGGAGACCGACCUUCUGUUCGCCAAGAAGGGCAAAGGUGAGAUUCUCUCGCGCGAAACAUAUCGCUAUCCUCCCUCGCAUCUGCCCGGUGGGCUGACUUCUUUUAGAUCUGGUGACUUUCUGCCAACGUCAAGGACAGCCGUACACCGAGUUUGUGAACUGGGAGUCUAUUCUUGCCACCACAAAAGACAUCCACAGUGGCAAGGUGUCCGUGAAGAAGGCGGCAGACAACUAAAUCUGAAUCUGUAG